CGAACCCGCGACGGCGGGCAGCUCAAGACAGGUUUAUUCAUUUCCUGCGCAAUCAAUUAUCGCCCCUUCCUACCACCGACACGCGCGCCGCCAAUUUAUACUUUCAAGCCUCACCCCGAGACCGAGACCGAGCCUGUCACAGUCCCUGCCGGCCCGUCUGACCGGUCUCCUUCCUCGCGGCCUUCAGUAGCCGUGCGUGCCUCUGCCAACAGAUAUGAAGUGGCCAGCCUCGGAGCCACGUCCCGACAUUGCGUGAGCCCGUCCGCGCCGUCUUCAUUUCCGCUCGGCAGCUUCCUCUCCAGCAAUUUCUGUCGCUGCCGAGGUCAGCAUGGGAUACAAAGAAAAGGGCAGCAGGCUGGCCGCCUUUGUGCGCGGCGGCUCUGACAGCGGGGCGGCGGCGGCCGGAGCGCCUGCGCCUGCCAACACCGAUGACCCUGACGAGAAGCGUCCUGGAACGCCCCAUGGGCGUCCGUCCGCCGUACAAAGCCGGCAGCAGCUUGCCGACGCCAUCAAGAUGCCUGUCCCGAAGCAUCCUCGGAACGUUGUGGCUCCAGUGCUGCACGACCCAAAGGCGGAGCCCGUCGCCAGUCAGGGGAAGAUUCAGUCCCCACGACGCAGCGCGCAGCCACCCCUCUCUCUCCCUCCGGUGCCCAGAGACUCCGACAGCAAUCACGGCGACCUCUUCUCAGGCUCCCAGCUCGGUGAUAAUUUCAUGAACUCGGGCCUGUCCACCCCCCACAACGAGCCUGAGCACAUGGAGGAAGAGGUCACGCCGACAGCCAAGCGUCGCAACGAAGUAGCUGUCGAUAUGCCAGUGGACGACCUUGCGCGGAAUCCCUUCGCACUACGCACCUCUUCUUUUCUCAUCAAUGACGAGGGCAGGGUGUCAGUCAUUGAUGGCAACAGGCGCCGACUUCCUCCGCAGAUGAUGGACGGCUUCCGUGAUGACGGCGAGGACGCCUUAAAUCAUAAAAGACCUCAUACCAGGUACACCCUCCGUCAGCACCAUCCUGUCAUGCCUCAAGCCCCCGCCACAGUCCGUCAGGUCCGAGUCAGGAAGCCACCGGCCCCUACUCAGCCCUCAAGAAUCAUCGAGGAGGCCGACGAGCCGCACAGCCCGGCGCCAUCCGAGGACGGUGCAGCUUGGCCAGAACAUCGCAUCAGAGACAGCCGGCGAUUACGGCCAUACGACCGCCCCUGGGAUGAUAAUCAUGACCUUGAGGACGGCUGUGGGGAUCCACAAUCUGUACCGGAACGACAGCGCGCGCAAGAACCUAAACGACUGCCAAGCGCACCAUCGAUGCAACCCAGGGUGGUGGCUCAGGAACAUCAGUCCAGAGACCGCAAGCGACGCCGGCCGAGCGCCGAGUACGACGACAACAUGCUCAGUUCCAUGACAUUCAAGGACCUGCAGGAUGAGCCCUUUGACGGCGGUGACACGAGACCGAACGGACUCAAUGGGCGGGAGCUAGCCGCCAAGCUCCCCUCGAAACUGGCCCAAUAUCGUCAUCUGGGCGAUCGGGAACAGAGCCAGAUGUUUGCUUCCAUGUCCAUGGAUGACUGGGAGGUAGCUGGCGACUGGUUCGUGGACCAGUUCACCGAUAUCAUGCAGAGGCUGAAGCAGGCGCGGCGAGACAAGCGACGCCUCAUCCGCGACUUUGAAAACGAGGCCGCGGUGCGCGAGGAGGCCGUGCGGCUCCGCUCAGAAACGAUUGACAGGCAGCUGGCCAAGAUGCGCCAAGAUGGGCUGCGCGUGGUGCAGGACAAGAUUUCAUAAUGGCCUGGCCUGGCCGGGGUUGUUGUAGGGAGGGAACAUGGGCGUCGCUGCCCUCUGUGGCAUUUCCUUUGCUCAAUUUCGUUGUAUGGUGCGCGCACCAAGCGUGGCGUUUGGGAGCCAUAGAUGGUACUUGAGUUGGUACGUCCUACAUGUAAUGAACAAGAGCUCUCUAGGCCGCCGGUCGUGCGGUCUAUAUGCGAAUCACCUGCUUCACCUUUCGAUCCCGCCCGACGACCAUCCGCAGCUGGCAGCCCGGCCGGCCAGGCAGGACUCCAUCCCUCACGCCGUCCGUGUACAGCUCGUACCCAGGAAAGUAGCCGUCGACGAAGCGCACCACCUGCUCGGGCGUCAUGCCCGCCGCGGGAUCGCCGCCCCUGUCCCGCCGCAGCGCCUCCUCCUGCUCGAGCCGCCACGCGUACACGUACCC